CCGAAAUACCCGAAAAUCCGAAAUACCCGAUCCGAACCCGAACGGGUACCCGAACGCCCACCCCUAGUGUCUGUCUAUAGAAAAGGUCGGUUUAUGUAAAUAUAUCUAAAUAAGCCUAUAAUAAGGGAGAGAGAGAGAUUGGGCCCGAAGGCUUCAAAACUAUCUUAACGAUCUUUUAAAACAAACAAAAAAAUCUAAAAGCUUGGCGACAGAUCCUCUCUCUCUCUCUCUCUCUUCAUAGCAAUUUCCUUUGAUUAAACAGAGCGAUCCUUUGGUUUGUAAGAGGUCGAAAGGAGUUGCUGAAGAAUGUUAUCCGGAGGAAGAAUGUUCAGAGUAGUGACCAUCAGAGCAAAAGAGCUUCCCAAAAAGAGGAAAGUACUUGUAAGGAAGAUGAUGAUACUGAGAAGAGUGAGCUGUGGAAAGAAGUUGAUAUCUUAAAAGGGGAUAAGAAGGCAUUGGCGCAGGAGCUUGUCAAAGUCAGGCAGUACCAGGAGGUUACCGACACGAAGAUGCUUCACUUGGAAGACAGAGUUCAAGGAAUGGAAGAGAGUCAGCAGGAGAUGUUGUCGUUUCUGGUGAUGGUUAUGCAGAAUCCAAGUCUCUUGGUUCAGUUGCUUCAACCAAAGGAGAGUAGCUGGAGAAAGGCAGAAGGAGGAGCAACGAUUUUGGAAGAAGUUAUAGAUGAAGGAGACUCAGACUCAAGUGGUCUUCCUUUAGUAACAUACCAGCAGCCACCAUCAGAGGGAACAGCAGCAAAGUCAAGCUCGAUUGACGUAAAUGACUUCUUGAGAGACGCGGACAUGUUGAAGUUCUGCUUGGAUGAGAAUCACGUGCCGUUGAUCAUACCUGAUCUGUAUGAUGAUGGGGCAUGGGAGAAGCUUUUGUUGUUGAGCCCUUCAAUGAAGAAGAAUGUGAAGAAAGGAAAGGAUGAUGCAACAUUGGAGGAGGAGGAGGAGGAUGAAACCAUGAAGGUGAUACAAGAAGAAAUGGAGAGAGCAGAUGACUUUGAUUUUGGACAGCUUACUCCAGAGAGGUCUAGGAAUCUUGAGAUUCUAACACAGCAGAUAGCAUUGCUGGCUUCAAAUGAAUAGAGAAAAAAGGAUGAGUUUUUGAACAUAUCAAAACUUUGUUAUGUAGUGAAACAUUAUAAGUAGGCUCUGGAGUAUUAUUUUUUGAGCAGAGUUUUUCUUAAAGAUAUGCUAUAUAUAGGCUAUAGCGUCUUACUAAAGAAAACAUGGACUCUUUAUCUACUGAGAAUUUUACUUUCUGCUCGGUAAA